GCCUGCUGGCCCGGCUGACUCCGGCGCAGAGAGGCUGGGCUUGUAGGCGCAGCAGCUCCGCAGGUCGAGCUGGACUGAGAGUGCAGGCCGGCGGAGGCCGGCGGGGACACGGCUGGGGCUAUGCUGGGCAAGGAUUACAUGCUGGCCAUCAUUCUGGUCAACUGCGAUGAUGACUUGUGGGGGGACCAGAGUCUGGAGGGGGAGCCGGGCCUGCCCCCUGGCUGGAGGAAGAUCCACGACGCUGCAGGUACUUACUAUUGGCACGUACCCAGCGGUAGCACCCAGUGGCAGCGCCCAACCUGGGAGCCAGGAGAUGCAGAGGACCCAGGCACGAGGACAGAAGGGAUUUGGGGACUUCGGCCCCCCAAAGGGAGAUCCUUCUCCAGCCUGGAGAGCUCACUGGAUCGGAGGUAACAGGAAUAGACCAAGAAAAAUGAAAGGCUUGGGGUUCCAUGGCACUCAAAGAUGCAGCUGGACCUACAGUCUGCUCUCCAGCCCAGGAAGUGUGGUCCCCUUACCAGCUCUGCUCUGUUCCAGUAACUCUUUGUCCUGGUAUGGUGAGGAAUCCUACAUCCAGAACAUGGAGCCAGGGGCUAAGUGCUUUGCAGUCCGCUCUCUGGGCUGGGUAGAGGUACCCGAAGAGGACCUGGUACCAGGGAAGAGCAGCAUUGCAGUAAAUAACUGCAUUCAGCAGCUGGCCCAGACCCGCAGCCGGAGCCAACCCUCAGAUGGUGCCUGGGGCGAGGGCCAAAACAUGCUGAUGAUCCUGAAGAAGGAUGCCAUGAGCCUGGUGAAUCCCCUGGACCAUAGUCUGAUCCACUGCCAGCCUCUGGUGCACAUCCGUGUAUGGGGUGUGGGCAGCUCCAAGGGCCGUGACAGGGACUUCGCUUUUGUGGCGGGUGACAAAGACAGCUGUAUGCUCAAGUGCCAUGUGUUUCGCUGUGACGUCCCUGCCAAAGCUAUUGCCAGUGCCCUCCACGGGCUCUGUGCCCAGAUCUUGUCAGAGCGAGUAAGGGUCAGUGGUGAUUCCCCUUGUUCUUCUCUAGAUCCCAUCUCCCCUGAUGACCUGCCACGGCAAGCGGAGCUGCUGGAUGCGGUGAGCCAGGCUGCUCAGAAGUACGAGGCACUGUAUAUGGGGACCCUGCCAGUCACCAAAGCCAUGGGCAUGGAUGUGCUGAACGAGGCCAUUGGUAUCCUCACCACCCGGGGAGACCGGGAUGCCUGGGUCCCUGCCAUGCUCAGUGUGUCUGACUCUCUCAUGACUGCACAUCCCAUUCAGGCCUGGUGUGGGCAGGCAGAGGCCGGUGCGGAGGAGGAGCCACUGUGGCAGUGCCCUGUGCGCCUCGUGACCUUUAUCGGUGUUGGCCGCGACCCACACACCUUUGGCCUCAUUGCUGACCUGGGCCGUCAGAGCUUCCAGUGUGCGGCUUUCUGGUGCCAGCCCCAUGCAGGGGGACUCUCUGAAGCUGUGCAGGCUGCUUGCAUGGGAGCGGGUGCAGGGUCCCGGCUUCGGCUCUCGGCGUUUCUGGACCUUCCAAACAGGAGGGAUCCGAGUAACCAGCCGGGGCAGGGCGCCCCCAACCAGCUACGGUAUGCGGCCGCCCCGGAAGUGACGCGCUGCCUCGCUGGCUGUGCGGAAGUGGAGAUGGCGGAGCUGUAUGUGAAGCCGGGCAACAAGGAGCGCGGCUGGAACGACCCGCCGCAGUUUUCCUACGGGCUGCAGACCCAGGCCGGCGGACCCAAGCGCACUCCGCUCACCAAGAGGGUCGCCGCACUCCCGGAUGGAGCCCCCAGAGUCCCCACCUCAGAGACUUCUCCUGGGGCCCCCACAAUGGGGCCUCCACCUCCUUCAAGUAAGGCUUCCAGGCCUCCACCUGUGGGGAGUUGUCCUGCCUCCAGUGUGGAGCCAACCAAGUUGCCAGUUACUGAGUGUGAGACUCUGCUGGAAAACGUGCUGAGACCUUUGGAACAGGCAUUGGAGGAUUGCCGUGGCCACACAAAGAAGCAAGUAUGUGAUGACAUCAGCCGACGCCUGGUUCUGCUGCAGGAACAGUGGGCUGGAGGGAAGCUGUCAACACCUGUAAAGAAGAGGAUGGCUCUGCUGGUGCUAGAGCUUUCAAGCCACCAGUGGGACGCAGCGGAUGACAUCCACCGCUCGCUCAUGGUUGACCACGUGACUGAAGUCAGUCAGUGGAUGGUGGGAGUUAAAAGAUUAAUUGCAGAAAAGAAGAGUCUGUCUUCAGAGGAGGCCAAUGAAGAGACAUGUACAGCCACAGCUGAGGAGAAUCAGACUGUACCAGACGUCCAACAGGCUCCAUAACCCUGUGGGGUCCCAGACUCACCUCACACCAUCUGCUAUGCCUUGGCAUGGGAGGCCUUCUUUCACUUCGCUCCCUCUUACCACUUUGGAAACUCUGCCCUGUUGGGGUCCCUGGCCUGACUCACCUCUAGAGGAAGAGGUCCCACCUGGGUCACAAGGUCGUCACUUGUUAUCUAUAACAUGCAUUUCAAUAAAAAUAUCUCAUUGGUGGGCCCUGGGUAGGUGAGGCCUCCCUAUGCAUACUGA